ACAAAGCAGGAGCUCCUUCUUUCUCUUCAGUCGGUGAAAAUGUCUUAGCAACCACCGGAAAGAUCGACUAUAAGUUGUUUGUCGACUACUAGGGGACAGAAAAGCAGCACUAUAGUUACCCCAAUUGUAAAUGGGGCGAAAUGUGUGGUCAUUACACCCAGAUAGCCUGGGCCAAAACAACCCACGUUGGAUGUGCCGUUGCCGACUGUCCUUAUUUUAUGGGUUUCAGUUUAAAGAUAUUCGUGUGCAACUAUGGACCGGCGGGUAACUAUGUUAGAGUCAAUCCGUACAUACAAGGAUCCUCGUGCAGCCAGUGUCCAGCUGGGUUAAAUACGUGCAGUAAUAACUUGUGCUCUUCUGGUUCAGUCUCCUCAACUGUUGACACCUCUUCCAGUCUAGAGGCUCUCAUUCAGCUCAUCAUGAACAUGAAGGAGGCUGAGAGAGAAAGGGAAUGAAACAAUGUCGUAGCUAUAUGAACAUAUGAACAUGAAGUUAGUGAGUAGCUGUAUACCAAUUAGUGGUUUGUAGUUCUGAAACGGAUCAGU